AAUUCUAAAACUCAUCUCAAGAAAUGUGGGGGGCCCUGCAUUACAGCAGCUUAUAGGACAUUGAACGAAAGUCAGAUCGACGCAUAAUCUUUUCAUCGCAAAGCUUUGAAACCCACAAGCUCAGGAAAUGGCUCAUCAUGAAAAACAUGUAUGAAAUAAGACUCACAGCACUUCCAAGAAGUCAGUGAACUGCACAGAAACACCACACGAGAUGAUAGCAUUUCAGAUGUAUGGUGGGGGUUUGUCAGCUGUCAUCAGGGCUGUCCUUAUCACUGAGUGUCUGCUGACUAGUGUGAGAGGAGAUGGAACAGAUUCUACAGAGAAACCAGAAAUUAAGUACGCUUUGAUCGGAGGUGGGAUCGGCCUGUUCUUGGCUGCUGGAUUUAUUAUUUUCAAGUUCUGCAUCAUCAGGAAGCAUAUCCGUGAUUACAACAAAGAUGGGACCAUGAAGAGACCUUUAAAGACUCAAAUGGUCCAUUUGGGCCAUUCCAGCCAACCAGAACAUCCCAGUGAUUUGCAAGAUGAUGUGAACCCUGCAAACAUGGCUACUGGGUGAAAGGUCAACCAGGCGGCCUAUCGUCUCCUCACGUUUUGUCGCUCUAACCUAGAUCUGCUUUACGCAUGUAAUUGAACCUCAAUAACGUAGCAUUAUGGUUUUCAUAAUAAGACUGAAUACUUGUAAUAAUGCCUUUUUAUUUGGGUGUGGAGUUGUGUUGUCUAAAACAUAAACAAGAUGUCAGCCAUUUAAAAAAAAAGCCUGAAUAUGUGUGUAUUUGUCUUAUGUUUCACUCUCUGAGGAAAAUCGAACUGCUCCACUGACCACUCAGCAGAAAACCUCUGGACUAACAAUUACUUUAUACAUUUUCCACAAGGGGGCGAUAUUUACCACCAAGAAA